UAUGUUUUUGUUUUUGAUGAUGAACGUACUCAAGCCAAUGCAGUUUGGACUCAAGUCAUAUUAGAAACUAUAUUCGAUAAAGAUAAUAUUUCUCCUAAGAUCGAUGCUAAUUAUGUUGAUACGUGGAUUCAAAAGCUGACAAAUAAUAAAAAUGUAUAUAAACUUUCUUCCAUGAUGUCAGAAGCAGAAUCUUUAAAUGUGAUUCAAGAAAAUUAUGCUGAAUUAUCUUCAAAUAGUGCUAACAAUAAUGAAAGUGAUCAUGAUAGUAAUAGCAAUUAUGAAGAAUAA